AAUCACUUUAUCAGUUUAUCUGAUUCCAAAAGGUGGCAUUAAUCAUGGUUGCAUUUCAAAAGUCUUGAGCACUAAUACUAUUUGUGAAUACUAAUAAAGCAGUAGAACAAAGUAAGCCUCUUCAGAAUUGUGCUGGAGAUAGAACUAAUUGAUUCUUCAGUACACACAAACACCCCAACAAAACCCUUCUAACAUUGACACCUCAAACCCUCUGCAACAAAAAGAAAACAAAGGAGGCCCAAACUUUGUAGAAGAAGACCCACUUGGUGGACCGGACCAGAGGGAGUUGGGCCCAAAUCAUCUUUCAGAAUAUGCUACCAACAUAUAAAGCUGAUUCCAUAAGUGUUGAGCACUUAAUAAAGCUACCAAUAAUGCAAUCAUCCUCAUUUUUGGCGUGGUCUGCUUUAUCUUCCUUUAUGUAUUUGAUUCCUUCCUAUCAAUAAAGCAGUCAAGGUUGACGCCCUUUACUCUUUAUGUAACCAUACCAGAGUUCUUGAACUUUCACAUAACAAAGUUAAUCUCUUCACUCCUAACCCAUUUUCUGAGGAUUGUCUCUUUGUUUACUUCAUUUCAUUUCCCACAAGUGAAUCAUGUCAGUAAUUGUAGAGGCUGCUCUAUCAGUUUUCUUUGAGGUGCUGUUUGACAAGUUAAGCUCCUCUGAUUUGUUGAUGAUCUUUAAGCAAGAGCAAGUUCAUGCUGACCUCAAGAAGUGGAAGACAACGUUGCUGAAAAUCCGUGCAGUUCUGGAUGAUGCAGAGGAUAAGCAGAUGACAAGCAAGUUGGUGAAGAUCUGGCUGGAUGAGCUGGAAGACUUGGCUUAUGAUGUGGACGACAUCUUGGACGAGUUUGCUACUGAAGCUUUGCGACGUAAGUUGAAUGCAGAAGAACCCAGCACAAGUAAGGUACGAAAGUUCAUCCCUGCUUGUUGUGUGGGUUUGAAUCCAAGUUCUAUCAUGUUCGAUGUCAACAUGCGGUCCAAGAUUAAAGAAAUCAAUUCAAGGUUGCAAGAAAUUGUGACACAGAAGAAUGAUCUGGAAUUGAGAGAAAAUACAGGCCUGAGAAGAACUGGAGCAACAAGACCAAGGGUGCCCACGACUUCUUUGGUGAAUGAAGGUCAUACUCAUGGCAGAGUAGAAGAUAAAAAGGCUAUUGUCAAUUUGUUGUUGAGUGGUGAAUCGAGUAAUCCUCCACUCUCUGUGAUUCCCAUACAUGGUAUGGGGGGAAUGGGUAAGACAACUCUUGCCCAACUAGUUUACAAUGAUGAUGAGGUGAGCAAUUAUUUUGAUGUGAAAGCAUGGGGUUGUGUUUCUGAAGAUUUUGAUAUUGUAAAGGUGACAAGAGAAAUUCUACAAUCUGUCACUUUUGAAUCCUGCAACGAUAAUAAUUUAGAUUUACUACAACGCAAAUUGAAGGACAAAUUAUCAAACCAAAAGUUCUUGCUCGUUUUGGAUGAUGUAUGGAAUGAAAACUAUAAUGAUUGGACUAGACUACGUUGUCCGUUUGAAUUUGGGGCUCCAGGGAGUAAGAUUAUCAUCACAACUCGGAAUGAUCGUGUUUCAUCAAUAAUGGGCACAACUCAAGCUUACAAGUUGAACAAGUUGUCAGAUGAUGCUUGCUUGAUUGUAUUUAUCCAAAACACAUUGGGGACAACAGAUUUUAGUGCAAAUCCAGAACUUCAAGAAUUUGGUCCAAAAAUUUUGGAAAGGUGUCAAGGAUUGCCUUUGGCAGCAAAAGCUCUUGGAGGCCUAUUACGUACCAUACACUGUGAUGAGUGGAAAAAUGUGCUCAAUAACAAGAUAUGGGAUAUGUCUGAAGAAAAUAGUGAUGUUCUUCCAACCCUUAGAUUGAGCUAUCUAUAUCUCCCUUCACAUUUAAAGAGAUGUUUUGCCUAUUGUUCACUAUUCCCAAAAGAUUAUGAAUUUGAGGAACAAGAACUAGUCUUGUUAUGGAUGGCGGAAGGUUUGGUUCAAGAAUCAGAAAAGCAUAAGCCAGUGGAAGAUCUUGGUGUUGAGUAUUUUCGUGAUUUAUAUAAGCGAUCACUUUUUCAACAAUCAAGUAGGAAUAAAUCACUCUUUGUCAUGCACGACUUAAUCAAUGAUUUAGCUCAAUGGGCAGCGGGACAUUUGUGCUAUUGGUUGGAAGACAAAUCAGGUGGUAAUACGCAACCCAAGAUUUCUACAAAGGUACGCCAUUUCUCCUACGCUCAUUGUGAAUAUGAUGGCAUCACAAAAUUUAAAGGCUUGACAAAAGAUAUGCGUUUACGGACCUUCCUAGCGCUACAAAGAAAGUACCCAAGCUACUUAACAAAUUAUGUUUUUAGUUGUCUGUUGCCACAGUUUAGAUGUUUAAGGGUAUUAUCUUUAUCUGGAUAUCAAAUUUUUGAGUUACCAAGUUCAAUCGGUGAUUUGAAACAUCUAAGAUACCUCAAUCUUUCUCAAACUUUGAUUAGAAGUUUACCAGAAUCAACAUGUUCUUUAUACAAUUUGCAAACAUUGCUAUUGAAAGGUUGUCGCUAUCUCAUAAAGUUACCGGAGAAAAUUGGGAAUCUAGUCGAUCUUCGGCAUCUUGAUAUUAAAGGGGCCCGUUUAAUCAAAGAGAUGCCAGUGGGAAUAAAAGAAUUAAAAAACCUACAAACAUUGUCUAAUUUUGUUGUGGGGAAAGAUACUGGAUCUAAGAUAGGAGACUUGAUGAACUUGGAGUCUCUUAAGGGAACACUUUGCAUUUCACACUUGGAGAACGUGCUUGAUGUCGAGGAUGCAAGUCGGGCCAACUUACUUGGUAAGAAGAAUUUAAAUGUAUUAGUGAUGAAAUGGGAGUCCGAGCUUGAUCAAAGAGCCAGUCUAGAUAUUCUUGACAUGCUACAACCUUCGACAACGGUGAAAGAAAUUUCAAUUGAUGGCUAUGCUGGUGCAAAAUUCCCAACUUGGUUUGGACAUCCAUCAUUUUCUAAUAUGGUGCUUCUAAGGAUUGAGAGGUGCAGGAAAUGCACAUCCUUACCUGCAAUUGGACAAUUACCAUCCUUGAGAGACCUUGCCCUCGUAGGAUUGUCUGCAGUGGAAAUCAUUGGUCUUGAGUUUUAUGGGGAAGAUUGCCCAAAGCCUUUCCAAUCCUUAGAGACACUUUGCUUUAAGGAUAUGCAAGAAUGGAAAGAUUGGAUUCCAUGCAAAGUUGAGUACGAAGAAUUCCCUCGGUUGCGUGAGCUUUCUAUUCAGGAAUGCCCUAAAUUGGAAGGAAAAUUGCCUCACCAUGUCCCAUUAUUGGAAAAAAUUUCUGUUAAUGGAUGUGAGCAAUUGGAUGUUUCAAUUCCAAACUUCCCAAAGCUACAUGCAUUAGAAAUUUUAGGAUGUAAAGGGGUGGUGAGCAGAAGUACAGAUGAGUUAUGCUUUCCAAAGUCAACUAUUCUUUCUAUUCCAUAUGUGAAAAGCUUGACGGAGGAGUUCAUGCAUGGGUUAGCUAAGGUGGAAAAUCUAAAGAUAGAUAAUUGUAAGGAGCUAACAUCUUUGUGGCAGGAUGAAUUCAAAUCCCUUAUAACGCUGGAUAUAAGAGGUUGCUCAAGCCUUGUCAACAUCAGCUUGACAUCUACUUUAAGGACACUAAAUAUUGAGGGUUGUAGUGGUUUGAAAUCCUUGUCAAUCUCUAAUUGUACAUGUUUGGAAAAGGCAAGCAUUAGUAGUUGUAAUUCUUUGACGUUGAUUUCAAGAGGUCAGUUGCCUCAAAAUUUGAAAAAGCUAAAUAUAAGAUAUUGUGAGAAUUUGCAGUUUUUGGCAGAUGAGGGAGAGGCUUCUUCUAAUUCUUCUUCUCUUCUUGAGGACUUGGUUAUUGAGGGCUGUCCAUCUCUAAAAUGCUUAUCAUCAAGUGGCGACCUACCUACCACGCUUAAACGCCUUCAGAUUUGGUCAUGCAUAGAGCUCACAUCCUUAUCAUCAAAAAACGAGUUACCUACAGCUCUUAAAUACCUUUAUGUACGGAGCUGUCCAAAGAUGGAGUCAAUAGCGAACAACUUACCCAACAAUGCGUCUCUUGAAAAUCUUGAAAUCAGAAAUUGUGCAAAGUUGAAAUCCUUACCGGUGGGCCUACACAAACUCUGCCACCUCAAUAAGAUAUGGAUAUGUGAGUGCCCUAGUUUUGUUUCCUUCCCAGAUGGAGGGUUACUCCCCACCAGCUUGAGAGAGCUUUCGAUCUACCACUGUGAGAAACUGGAGGCCUGGCCCAAUUGCAUGCCGAACCUCAAUUCUCUUCAUAUCGGCAAUUGUCCAAGCGUCAUAUACUUUCCAGAAGAGGGUUACCCCACCAGUCUAACAUCACUCUCAUUUGGCCGGGAGAAUAUCUGUAAGCAAGUAACUGUGUGGGGAUUGCACAGACUAACCUCUCUUACAUCACUCGGUAUUGAUGGUGGAAUUCCAGAUUGGCAGUCGUUUCCAGAUGAGCAAGAUGGGAAGCUGACGAUGACGCUUCCUUCCUCUCUUACCAAGCUAACGAUUCAAAGCAUUCCAAAUAUAGUAAUUCUAUCUUCUUUGGGCUUUCAAAAUCUCUCUGCCCUUGAACAUUUGUACAUCGUAAAUUGCCCUAAACUCGCAUCCCUCCCAGAGAAGGGCCUACCUCCCUCGUUUCUGCAACUUUAUAUUAUGGAGUGUCCAUUGCUGAAACAACACUGCAAGAAAGGCGGGCGAGAGUGGUCCAAGAUAGCCAACGUCCCUUGCGUUCAGAUUGACAGGAGGUCUGUCUAUGAGGUGGAGGAGGAGCAGCAAUAAAAAAAUUGUAAAACAAAGAGCAAUAUUUACUCAUAAUAGUUACUCCUUCCUUCCAGUGUUGCAGCAGAGACUAGCUUUUGAACCGCUAAACGUUAUAUUGGAAUUUCAAAACACGGAGGUUAUCAGAAAAUGUGCAGAGAAUGGCAGGAUGCCCUUUUAGUACUAUGCUUGUGCAGAAUGUCCUUUUAAACAUUUGGCGUGCCUUGCAUAGAUUGAUCAAAGCAUUGUCACCUAUGCUGCAAAUGGCAGAGACUAGCUUUGGAACUAAUAAACCUUCUAUUGGAAUUUCAAAACGUGGAGGCUACAUAUUGUGUUCUGCGACAUGAUGAUCAGUAGAUGUGCACAAAAUGUCAUUUCAAAACAAAUAUUGUUCCUUGCAUAGAUUGAUCAAAGCAUUGUCACCUGCGCUCCAGAUGGCAGCAGCCACUCUUUGGGCUAUUUGGAAAUGCAGUAUUAUAGAGCCAAGCUCUUAAUUACUGCUACUCAAGGGAAGACUAUUGAUGCUACUCAAGCUCUUAAUUACUGCAAGCACAAGAUCAUGAUCUGUCAAGAAGCAAUGGCUGGGACUCAUUCCCUAAAUGUUGCUUUAAACCUCCUAUCUAUAAUUGCAAAUGAUUUGUUGAAUCUAAGAUCAAAUUGGGAACCAAAUUUCAGAUCUUAGUAGAAGUUAGUACAAAAAGGGAGAGUUGCUCGCCAGGUGCAAGCUUUGUUUGCAAAGAUCAAAUGAGGAACCAAAUUGUGGUACACUGUUAUAGUUGGUUGGCUAAAAAGAAAUCCAUUGUACUUUCUCAGAUAAUUCAUGAAAGUUCAACCCAUGCACUUAUUAAAGGUGUGGUAGCUGCAGUUGUACCUACUAGUAGCUCUGAGGUUUGCAGCCUUUGUUGUGCAAUGAAAAACACCAGGUUCGGAGAUUAAGCAGUUAAGGAAGACAUUGCUGAGCAGCGUUCAUGAUUUUCUAAACUCUGGGUUGAUCAAAUCCCAGGCAAAUCCUCACUAACGCUUGUUAGCUGGCCAAUUCUACAGCUUCCUCUUUUAUGCGGCCUGGUCCUCUUCUUGACCAGAAUUUAAGGCUUUCUCUCUGACUUAGCAUCCAUGUUGAAGAGAAAAUGAAUUUCUUGAUGUGGUGAAUCUUGUUUGAUUUGCUGAAUACCACUAAUAGAUGAUAUUGCAGGUUGUACCAGAAACCACCCUACCAGCAAAGUUGCAGAAUCAAUCAGAACCUUCUUAGACCAAUGUAAUUUAUUGGUUCUCCAAUGACCAAGAAGAAGAGCUGGUUCAACAUAGUGAAGAGGUUCUUUAUAAGAGAGACAAACUCAAAACAAGAAAUGGAUAGGAGAAGGAAAUGGAUUUUUGGAGGGCUUAAGAUCAAAAGGUUAGCCUCGCUCACUGCACCAUCAUCAUUAAAUGAAAGAAAUCUAGGUGAGGCUGAGGAAGAGCAGAUCAAGCAUGCUCUUGCUGUGGCCCAUGCCAACAUUGCUGCUGCUGAAGCAGCUGUUACAACUGCUCUAGUUGCUGCUGAGAUUGUCUGGUUCACCAGCACCCCUCAAUAUAACCAUCAAUGUGUAAAUGAAGUGGAAGGUUCAGUCAUUAGAGUUCAAGGUGAAGCCCCUCAGUCCAACUAUCAAUGUGUGAGAGAAUCCAUGAAUUUGCUGCCAUUAGAAUUCAGUCUGCCUUUUGGGGUUACCUUUUGUGUUUAAAGCAAGGAAAGCUUUGCGGGGAAAAGGAAUUAUGAGGCAGAGCUGUAAGAUGCCAAACCAUAACUACCCUAAAGCUCUUGCAGUCCAUUGUAAUUAUUCAGUCACAAGGCUGCACAAGAAUAUUUGGAAUGGUGGAAGGCACUUGGAAUUAUGUUGGAAGUGAACAAUCGCAGAAUUGGAAAGACAAUAUGACAAGGCCACUCCUUGGGCUAUUUGGAAUGCAGUUUUAUAGAGCCAUGCUCGAAGGAAAGGCUGCCGAUGUUUCUCAAGCUCUUAAUUACGGCAGGCAUGUGGUCAUGAUCUGUCACAAAGCAAUGACUGGGAAUCAUUCCCUAAAUGUAGCUUUAAACCCCCUGUCUACAAUUGGAAACGAUUUGUUGAAUUUAAAAUCAAACAGGGAACCAAAUUUUGGAUCUUAGUAGAAGUUACUACAAAAGGAAGAGUUGCUUGCUUGGUGCAAGCUUUGUUUGCAAAGAUCAAAUGAGGAACCAAAUUGUGAUGCACUGUUAAAGUUGGUUGGCUAAAAGUAAAUCCGUAGUACUUUCUCCGACAAUUCGUGAAAGCUCAAUCCAUGCACUUAUUAAAGGUGUGGUAGCUGCAGUUGUACCUACUAGUCGCUCUGAGGAUUGCAGCCAUUAUUGUGCAAUGCAAAACACCUAGUUCGAAGGAUUUGAGCAGUUAGGAAGACAUUGCUGAGUGGCAUUAGUGAUUUUCUAAACGCUGGGUUGAUCAAAUCCCAGGAAAAUCCUCACUAAUGCUUGUUAGCAUGCCAAUUCUACAGCUUCCUCUUUUAUGCAGACUAGUCCUCUUCUUGACCAGAAUUUAAGGCUUUCACUCUGACUUAGCAUCCAUGUCGAAGAGAAAAUAAAUUUCUUGAUGUGGUGAAUCUUGUUUGAUUUGCUGAAUACCAUUAAUAGAUGAUAUUGCAGAUUGAAACCACCCUACCAGCGAAGUUGCAGAAUCAAUCAGAACCUUCUUAGACCAAUGUAAUUUAUUGGUUCUCCAAUGGCUAAGAAGAAGAGCUGGUUCAACAUAGUGCAGAGGUUCAUUAUAAGAGAGACAAACUCUAAACAAGAAAUGGAUUUUUGGAGGGCUUAAGAUCAAAAGAUUAGCCUCGCUCACUUCACCGUCAUCAUUAAAUGAAAGAACUCUUGGUGAGGCUGGGGAAGAGCAGAUCAAGCAUGCUCUUGCUGUGGCCCAUGCCACCACUGCUGCUGCUGAAGCAGCUGUUACGACUGCUCUAAUUGCUGUUGCGGUUGUCCAGUUCACCCCUCAACAUAACCAUCAAUGUGUAAAUGAAGUGGAAGAGUUUUCAGUCAUUAGAGUUCAAGGUGAAGCCCCUCAGUCCAACCAUCACUGUGUGAGAGAAAUCCAUGAAUUUGCUGCCACUAGAAUUCAGUCUGCCUUUCAGGGUUACCUUGUGAGUUUAAAGAAGGCAAGGAAAACUUUGUGGACUUAGAAGGGAAUUGUGAGGCAGAGCAGUAUGAUGCCAAACUAUAACUACCCUAAAGUUCUUCCAGUCCACUGUAAUUAUUCAGUCACAAGGCUGCGCAAGAAUAUUUGGAAUGGUGGAAGGCACUUAGAAUUAUGAUGGAAGUGAACAAUCGCAGAAUUGGAAAGACAAGAUAACAAGGAUAGACACAAGGAAUCAAAGAAGGUGGGAUGACAGUGUUUUGUCAAAGGAAGAGUCAGUUGCAUUGUUUAUGAGUAGGAAAGAGACCAUGCUUAAGAGAGAACGGAUAAAGGAGUAGUGGUUUAUCCAUCUGUAGUCAGCAGAUAUGGAUCAAAACUUAGUAAGUGGAAGAUGAAGGCAUUGGUUGGAUCAAUGGGUAAAUACACAAAUUACCCUAAGUAGAGAACUUGAAGAUUUGGACUCGGCUUUGACUUCAAAUCGAAGACAAAGAGAGGACUAUGAAAGAAGGCAACUUAAGCUAAGAAAUGUUGAGGGACAGAGUAAGUUGGAAGGAUUGAAUUCUCCAACAUUUGUUCCCAGAGUAUCAAUUCAUUAUAGGAGACCAUGCUCUUUGGGAGAUCAUAAUUCUUUGUCAAGCUCUCCUGUUGUUCCAGCUUACAUGAAUGCAACUAAAUCUGCAAAGGAAAAGGCAAGAUCAAUGAGCUCGUGAAAAAUAAGGCCCAUGAAUUUUGAUACAUGCUCUGAAAGCUCUUCACCAUAUAAGAAUAAACUCAUAUCCUUUAUUACUACUGAAGUGCCAAGUGGGGGUAGGAUUGGCAAGACUAGUGGUUUCUAGCAGAUAUCCAAGCUCAAAAGGCCUUCCAAGUCCUAUAAAAUCCAGUAGGAAGGUAAAGGAUCUCAGUUUUAACUCAAAGUGCUCAUUUCAGACUUUGGAUAGACAUGGCUUUAGAUAAUUUCAGAAGUUUGGUGCAAGAAGAGAACUUGGUUAGUGUGUCAGGUUGGAGUGGAGAACAUGGUCUGUAAUUUAAUCUAGUUUGAAUAGUUAAACAAUGGUGUGCUAUUUAAUCUCAUCAUCAAAUGAGUAGCUCACUGUAAUGCUGCAUUGUAAUUUUAUCUAGUUGGAACUCUACUCUCCCUCCCUCCAAAUUGGCCAUUAAAGUGUAUUGAGGUUUGGGUUGCAUGAGAGACUUUUUUUUCUCUGUUCAAUACCAAUGGAUAAGUGUGUUUAACUUUAA